UUUUAUCAACACAAGAAUACGAUCAUGAAGCUCGUCUGGUCGCCGGAAACUGCCUCUAACGCUUACAUCCACACCGUUAGAUCAUGUAAAAGCUACGGAGAAUCGAGUGUGGCGGAGUUCUUAUCGGCUACAGCGGCGGGAUGGAACACUAGGCUGAUCGUCGAGACUUGGUCACGUGGAGAUCCGAUCGCAACCAGCGUCGGACUCGCCGUGGCGGCGAUUCACACAUGUGGAAGACACGUGUGCAUAGUUCCUGACGAAGAGUCAAGGUCUGAGUACGAGGCGGUGAUGAAAGGAGCCGUUAAGAGUGAAUCAACAGAAGUUAUGGUCUUAGGUUCGGCGGAGGACGUGGUGGAGAGAAUUUCCGGCGUGGAUUUCAUGGUGGUUGAUUCGAAACGCCACGAGUUCGUAAAGGCGUUGGGAUUAGCGAAAACAAGCAAAAUGGGCGCCGUUUUGGUGUGCAAAAACGCCACGCAGAAAUCUAUCCCUGGGUUUAAAUGGCACGGUGUUUUGAGUCGAGGCACACGUGUCGUGAGAUCGGUGUUCUUACCCGUCGGGAGAGGAUUAGAGAUCGCACACGUGGGAGCCAGUGGUGGUGGUAAUGAUUUGAAGAAGAUUCCUAGCCGUUGGAUUAAACAGAUUGAUCCUCGAUCUGGAGAGGAACACUUGUUUAAGCGAGCAUCAUCUAAAGCAAAAGGAAAAAGGAUCCAAUAUCCGGUCGAUAAUGUCGAUCGGAUAAGCAUGCUUCCGGAUGAAUUGCUACAAAAGAUCCUUUCGACACUAUCGACUAAAGAUGCCGUGACAACAAGCUCCUUGUCGAAAAGAUGGGUGGAUCAGUGGAAGUGGAGACCACAUCUCUCCGUGGGCAUGAGAAAUAUUUCGAGAACAAACCCGACGAGCCGUCUUCGUGAAUUAUCUCUCCGCGUUGCUGAAUCAAUGACGAGGACUAUAGACAAUCAUCGUGGCCGCCUAGAGAGCUGCACAAUCAGCCAUUUCUUAUUCCAAUGUAAAGAUGGUACGCUCGAUAGGUGGGUCCAAACAGUGACUCAUGAGAAACAAACCAAAGAGCUCACUCUUGUCAACUAUAUAGGUUGCAUGGGACCUUUCGGUGGAUAUAAUAGGCUUUACUUGUCCCCAAGUACAUUCUCUCAUCCUAGCCUCACUUCACUGUCACUUACUCGAUAUAAGUUAACAGAGACAGCCUUCAAGAACUGCUCUAAUCUUAAGACCCUCAAGCUUUUUGACAUCAUGUCCGAUGUUAGUGUCCUUAGCAUAGUUUUCAAAGCUUGCUCCUCUCUUGAGGUGCUUGUUUUGCAAAUCACAUGCUUAAACCUUGGAUGUGUGUUGAAGAUCGAGAACAAGAAUUUACAAGUCUUGCAAGUGACUUGCCCUACUCUGAUAAAUAAGAUGGAAGUGAAUGCACCUCGUUUGGAGAUUCUUGACAUCAAAUAUAUCUAUUGUGAUAGCUUCUUACUUGAUGCACCUAAAAUCAUGUUUAAUAGAGAUUAUUGGUUUGGUGCGAUUAGUGUCCCUCAUAUUAGCUACCAUAUAUCAAGUCUUGCUCAGGAUAAAAAAAGAAUUUGGCUUGAGCUUUUGGUGAGCCAAUUUUUUAAUAUGAAACGGUAUGGAUCCUUAUCAGUGAGUGUCGACUUGAGAAAUCCUAACGAACUCGAGAUUUUGAUGGAAGUUUUACUUUUGUGGAAUGAAGAAAUGAAGGAUCUAGAGAUCAUCUUCAAGAACAACAAUGCUCCUAGAGAAGAAGGUGAAUCUUCUAUCAAUGGUGGAGCACGUAACAAAUGGUUGGAUGGUGAAAAACCAUUUCCAGAUGCUUUCUUCCGCGUUCGUACUGUAUGGAUGUAUAAUUUCGAUGGUUCCAAUGAAGAGGAAUUUGCAUUAGCUUCACGUUUUGUGACACAAGGAACAGUGAUUGAUAAGUUGAUGAUAGAGACAUCGACGUAUCCUCCAGUGAAGCAGUUAAUGACAGAAGCAAAAGUGGCCAAGCUAAUGGAACUUCCUAAAGGUAACGAUUACUUUACUAUCGAAUGCUUUUGAUGAUGAGUUUUGGUUCGAAUCUAUCCAUUGGUACUCUUUCCUUUAUUACUUCGAGGAUUAUAUGGUUUUAAAUUUCAACAACUAUGUUUUUGGUAUUUGUUCUCUAUUUUUAAUGUGACAUCUGGAUAUUUGAUGUUUUGAUAUGUAUUGGUUUGGAUAUUAUCUGGUUUUAUCUUAUUGUGUUUCUGUUUUGGUCAAAUGGGAUUAUGUUAUAAGAUCUGAUUCAAACAAAAGAGUAGGAGGAUU